AUGCGGAACUGCUCCUUGUCAACAACAGAAAAUCUGAAAAUUCACUCAUGUGACUGGCUCAUUUUAAAAGGCCCGAGAGUGUGCUACUUUCUUUCCACCAGCUCUCUCUUCAUUCAUUUGGAGAUGUCACCUAUACUGAAAUCCAUCUGGACCUUAAAGAAUGGCAUAGUUCUGUUCUUUACACCUCUAAUACUGCUUCCACUUCCACUAUAUGUGGGCACAAGGGAGGCCAGCUGUGCUUAUGUGAUCUCACUGAUGGCAGUGUACUGGUGUACAGAAGCACUCCCUCUGGCUGUGACUUCUCUGCUGCCUGCUCUUCUCUUUCCUCUGUUUGGCAUCAUGAAAUCAAAACAGGUGUGCAUUCAAUAUCUAAAGGACACUAAUAUGUUGUUUGUGAGUGGCCUUAUGGUUGCAGUAGCUGUUGAGCAUUGGAACCUACACAAGCGCAUUGCUCUCAGAGUGCUGCUCCUCGUAGGGGUGCGUCCAGCACUGCUAAUGCUGGGUUUCAUGGGAGUUACAUCUUUCCUCUCCAUGUGGAUCAGUAACACCGCUACUACAGCCAUGAUGGUUCCCAUAGUGCAGGCAGUCCUGGAGCAACUGAACAACCAGGAAAUUGAAACAAUCCCGCUCAACUCCAGCAUGGAGCCCAACCAAGCUUCAGACACACAAAACAAUGAGUCAGCUAAACAAAAAGAUGAGCAAGUGGUGUUAAGUGGUCUGAACAUGACAACUGAAACUACCGGAUAUCAAGACACAGCAGAGAGAAAACAGAUAUGUAAAGGCAUGACACUGUGUGUGUGCUAUGCUGCCAGCAUUGGGGGAACUGCCACGCUCACAGGCACAGGCCCUAACCUGGUACUCAAGGGACAAAUGAAUCAAUUGUUUCCACAGAAUGGUGAUGUCAUUAAUUUUGCAUCCUGGUUUGGCUUUGCAUUUCCAAACAUGAUCCUGAUGCUAGCUUUAGCCUGGCUAUGGCUGCAGUUUCUUUUCAUUGGGUUCAACUUCAGGAAGACAUGGGGCUGCAAGGCAGUGAAAACAGAAAAAGAGAUUGCGGCAUAUAAUGUGAUUCGUGAGCAGCAUCGGCUUCUGGGACCCAUGUCAUAUGGAGAGUUCAGUGUGUUGGCGCUCUUCAUUUUGCUUGUGGUGCUGUGGUUCACCAGGGAUCCUGGAUUUGUGGCUGGCUGGGCCACACACACAUUCAACUCAGAAGCUGAGUAUGUGACAGACGCCACUGUGGCAGUUCUCAUUGCUGUGCUUCUUUUCAUUCUGCCGUCAUCACCACCAAUGUUCUGUUGCUGGCCACCCACUACUCCUGGUCCAGCUCUGCUGACAUGGAAGGUCGCUCAGAGGAAAAUGCCCUGGAACAUAGUUCUACUCCUUGGGGGAGGAUUUGCACUAGCCAAAGGGAGUGAGGAAUCAGGUUUGUCCAGAUGGAUUGGUAAUCAGUUAACACCUCUGCAUACUAUUCCUCCUUGGGCCAUUGCCAUUGUCCUCUGUCUCCUGAUAUCCACUUUCACUGAGUGCACUAGCAAUGUGGCCACUGCUACACUCUUCCUCCCUGUCCUGGCCUCUAUGUCGCACUCCAUUGGAAUAAACCCCUUGUAUGUCAUGGUACCCUGCACACUGAGCGCCUCUUUUGCCUUCAUGUUACCUGUGGCAACGCCUCCAAAUGCUAUCGUAUUCUCCUACGGCUACCUCAAAGUGUCAGACAUGGCAAAGGCUGGCAUAAUGAUGAACAUCAUUGGGAUCUUCUGCAUUACACUAUCUAUCAACACCUGGGGAAAAUCAAUGUUCCACUUAGACUCUUUCCCCACCUGGGCCAACAGCUCCGGCUUGUGACAGACAUGACAGGCAGCAGACAGCAAAUUUUCCCUAAAUGCUGUUACACACUGUAUUAAAUAGCACAAGCAUGAGAUUUUUUCCUACACCAUUCUUUUCUACAGCUCGUACUAUUAGCUCAAAUAACCGGAUUCACUACUUAAAACAGUAUAUUUUAGAUGUUAUUGAUGCUAGGGUUUGAAGAGUGUUCCUAAAAAAUAUAAUGUAUAAUUAAGGAAGAUAUUAAAUGUAUAUAAACAUGUAUAAAGGAAACAGUAAUUAAAGCUCAAUCUGUGUGUCAUCAGGGAAGUGCAAUCAUAAUAGUGUUUACAAAGUUGAGAGUUUUUCUAGACUAAGAUUGACAACACCUCUUUCUGUGCUCAUUUUGUAGAAAUGCUUAUGUCUGUGUCUUUUAUUUAAUAUUAUUAGUCAUACAUUAUUUGGAAAAAAAAGAUUGUGAAGGCCUGAAGUGCAGUCAGCGUUCCAAAUCAUCACCAAGCAGUUCAAUAAGGUCAGAGUUCUAUUGCAAGCCACUCAAGAUCUUCCACUCCAACCCAUGUUUGCCAUGUCUAAAUGAAGCUCACUUUGUGCACAAGGGCAUUAUGAUGGUGGAAGUUUGAGUUUGGGUCCUAGUUCAAGUGAUAGGUAAAUUUACUGUUACUGCAUCCAAUGACAAUACAAUUGCUUGCCUCCAACUUUGUGGUCACAAUACUUUUGUCCAUAUAGUGUAUUUAUUAAUAUACAAAAGUGGAUUUUAUAAGCUUCAGUAAAAUUUAGUUUAUAAUAUUUUUAUUUGUAUUUUGUACUUAUUUUAUACAAAUUUGAUCAUUAUUGUCAAUAUAUAUAUAUGUGUGUGUGUGUGUGUGUGUG